UGGGAUAAGUGCACCUUUCUCGAUGCGAGCAAAACUUUUAGUCGGUUAGAAACCUGCGACAGGUAUGAUGUCGCUUAGUUGAUAGUGAAAAGAAAAGUGAAUAGUUACCGGUGUAGUGCAAUACUUAGGAAUUAUGUUAGUGAAAUGUGGUUUUGUAAUUAUCAUAGUUUUGAUAACAAUAGGGCCAGUUAAUGUGAAUGGAACCAUGAUGUCAAUGCUAGACUUUCGGUAUUUGAGAUGUGUUAUGAAACGGGAGUGGAAAUGCCCUGAUAGUGAGAUCAACUUCUUUUUAUACACCCCGGAACGGCCAUACCAGCAGAGGGUUGAUGUAAGAAGGAUACAAUUGCUACCAAAGAUUGGGUGGAAAUUAACCAGGAAGAAUGUAUUUAUAAUUCAUGGCUUCAAUGGUACACACUCGAAGACACCUAUGUCUUUUAUACGGGAUGCUUACCUGUGGCGUAAGGAUUACAAUGUCUUCAUGGUAGACUGGUCGCAACUGUCAAGAUUUCCUUGUUACUUAUCUGCUCUCGCAAACAUGAGGCUAGCAGCACAAUGUUCAGCGCAACUUUACUCGUACCUGACACAAAGUGGUGUGCUUGCGAAAAUGAUAACCUGCGUCGGACAUUCACUCGGCGCUCACAUUUGCGGCAUGAUGUCUGGACAUCUCACCGUGAAACAGAACAAGAUUAUCGGAUUGGAUCCAGCUCGACCCCUGGUCUCUGAAUAUGGUUCAAGAGAGUUCCGCCUUAGUCGUGAUGACGCAAACGUGGUCCAGGUAGUCCACACAAAUGCUGGAUUUCUGGGAGAGAGUGGGCAAAUUGGCCAUGUCGAUUUCUGUGUGAAUGGUGGCAGACUACAACCCGGAUGCAAGGGCCAUGUGAUGCGUGUAGCAAGAUGUAGUCAUUUCAUGAGUUCCUGUUACUUUGCGGCUAGUAUACGCAGGCGUGUUCAUAUGAUGGGCGUGCCUUGCGACUCUUCCUGUCCGAAGCAGGGUACAUCGCUGCUGGUGGCCGAUGCAAAACCUUUACGCCUCGGAGAUGAUAUACCACCCACAUCGAGAGGAAUGUAUUGCGUUCAAUUAGAUCAUGAUGAGAGUUGUCCUUUUGAUUAAGAAAAUCAUCAGUAUUUUAUAAUUCUUACAAAUAUUAUAGCUACAAAUAUUUUAUCACAUCAAUUCAAAAAGUGCCGUGUUAAGUAAACUUUUUACUCCCUAGAUUAAAAUAAUUUAGUUUUGGAAUGUGGAAAUUGUUGUUACACAUAUAUUUAAAUCACCAAAGAGAUCCAUCACGGACAUUGUAUGAAAACGUAAAUUAUUACUGGCUGACGGAAAUAAUCCGGACUAAAUUAAAAAAAAAACUUUCUGUAAAAUUCACGCGAAACGCAUUAUUUUAUUGUUUUUUCAAAUUCGGAUUUAGGUUAAUACUUGACUCACUGAGUUGCACUUUAUUUUCUCAGAGAUGGGAUAAAAGGAGUGUCCAUUUCGGGAGCGACAGCAUUUUAAACUUGAGGUUUAUCCUUUUACACCCAUUCACUUCAUUUAAGGAUUCAAAACACUCUUCUAUAAUGUUACUUGGAA